AGUGGGGCGGAAGGCGGAGGAUAAGGAGGCAAAAGCGGAGGGAGGGGAGCAGAAAGGAGGGCGGAGUGAAGCGGGAAGGGAAGAUGACCAGGAUCCCGUCCAAUUUUCAUUCACGGGGCAAGAAGCAUUCGAUGACCCGUUUCCUGCUCGCGGUGGUGAGGAUGGCGGAGACGCGGGAGACGGAGCGAGCGGCAUAGACGGGCUAGGCGGAGCGAGCGGUUGA